UUUUUUUUUAGUUAUUUUCAGCCAAAACGCGGUUUUGCCCGACGCGUUUUCCCGGCCUUCACGAGGCGAUAAGGCAAGGCAAAGGUUGGGUUUGUCUGCUGUGUUGCAAUCUGUUUCCCAACUCUUCAUGAAACAUGCUGGGGGAUUUGCAAGCCCGGCUGAAGAGGAAUAUUGUCCAGAAGAUGAGGACGCUCUGAGGUGAACCGGUCUCCCCAUUCGUCGGGUCACCUCCUCUGAGUUGAUGGCCCCUUUGGAACAAGGAAAUAGAUCUGACGUUUCAUCAGGACUGGAUUAGGGUGCUCAGUCUGAGGAGGGGGACCCCAUGCUGUGAGGAAAAAAAAGAGAGGCUCUGCUCUAAGCAGUUGGAAAGAGAACGAUCCUGUUAUUCCACAAGGCUGCAGUCAUUAAAGAAGCAUGCUGAUCAUGUGGUUUUAGAAACUCAAGGCAGGUCAACUUGGAACAUUGUUGUCAGGAAAGGCCCCUGAAGAAGAGAUUUAAAGAUUUUACAUUAAGAGACCAGCUGCUACCCACAACAACAAUGGCUGCCGUCACCGUACACCAGGAAAUGUCGUCCCUAGUGAGAGGAGGCAUUUGCAGGCCUUUCAGGUCUUUGAAGUGCAUCUCCGUCGCCAUCUUCACGCUUUGCAGCAUCAUAUUGGUGUUGCUGUAUAAAGGGAACAUUAACUGGAUGUCGCUCAAACCAAAGAAUAAAGUUAGUAGAACUGCUACUGCGAAGCCUUCCGCCCAGCCGGUCAGCACCUGCUCCUUCGAUUCGCUGUCACCUGAGGAGCUUCUGGUCUUUGACUCACUAAAAGACGUUAUUUUUUGGCCUGAAACGCCGUCCUUAAAGUCGGACUCUUCGCUGAAUGACACCAGUGACCCCAGGCGCAGCAGCUUCACCAUUCUCCCAAGGAGCGGAGGGGGAAGCUGGCGAGUGGGGGACCAGCUGCAGGUUUCCAUAACAAUCAGAGACUUCCACGGCCGUCCUAAGAAGUCUGGAGGAGACGUUCUGCUGGCUCGGCUUCACAACAGUGCUUUUCACGCUGGGGUGGCAGGGCAUGUGGUGGACCAUCGCAAUGGCUCCUACUCUGCGUUUUUUUCAUUGCUCUGGGAAGGACGAGCACAAGUUGAGGUAGUCCUAGUUCAUCCCAGCGAGGCAGUCACAGUGCUGCAGAAAUUGACCAAGGAGCAGCCUGACAGAAUCUACUUUAAUAGUCUGUUUCGGUCAGGCUCGGUCAGUGAAACCACCACUUGUAACGUGUGCCUUACUGGAACCCAGCAGAAGUUCUGCGACUACUCUGACCUCAGGACAGGUGAGCCGUGGUUCUGCUACAAGCCACACAAAUUGGAUUGUGAUGCCAGGAUCAGCCACGCCAGAGGAGGAUUCAGACAAAACCUCAAGCCCACAGAGGAGAAGCUCUUUCAGUGUGAUGUCAAUAUGAAAGUCUCCAUUCCAGCUUCAGGACCUGAAAACAUCGACGUUUUACCAAAUCCAAAAGCUCAAAAGAUCAACGUCCCUAUUUAUAAACAUGGAAACAGAAUGACUUUCAAGACCCGCCCCUCUGGUUAUUACUACAAGGGCGCAUGGCAAGCACUAGAUGGCACCAGAGUACAUCAGUUUAACUCCAGUGCAAUCAGCCAGUGUCUGGAAGGCAAAGCUGUUCUCUUCUAUGGGGACUCCACUGUGAGGCAGUGGUAUGAAUAUCUAACCAACUCGCUACCAGAUCUCAAGGAGUUUGACCUUCAAACCUCAAAGCAAAGUGGGCCUUUAAUGGCGCUGGAUUAUGUGAACAAUAUUCUAGUGACGUUCCGCAGCCACGGCCCUCCCAUCCGUUUUGCCAGCUCGUCCGUCAGCCAGCUACAAUACGUUGCCAAUGAACUGGACAGAGUGAUUGGAGGCAGCAACACCGUUGUGGUUAUCGGUGUCUGGUCUCACUUCAGCACUUUCCCCGUCGAGGUCUACGUCAGGCGUCUGCUGAACAUUCGGAAAGCGGUGGCGAGACUUCUGAACAGGGCUCCGGGUACCACUGUCGUCGUCCGGACUGCGAACCCAAAAGAGAUGACGCUUUAUGAGAGUUUGACUAACAGCGACUGGUUUUCGCUGCAGCGGGAUAAGAUACUGAGGGAAAUAUUCAGAGGAACGAAAGUCCAACUGGUUGAUGCCUGGGAGAUGAUCCUGGCCCAUCACCUUCCGCACAAACUCCAUCCAGACUCUGACAUACUCAAGAAUAUGGUUGAUGUUCUUUUAUCUUUUGCAUGUCCUUUAGCUGACAUACAGCUAUAGAACUUUUCUUCCGUUUCUACUUCUCAAGAUUCUAGAGAAAAGUAGAAAUGGAUUUUAGGCGAUAGAGAUUGGAAUUGGGGAAAAUAUUGGCGCCAUAUUGCCACUAUUGUUUCAGAACAGACCAUUCGGUUGUUCUGAAACAAUCGAAUGGUCUGUUACUGAUCAAAACAAAAGCACCUUCAGUGAUUCCUCUACAGUAGCGUUUCAAAAGCUUUUUCAGGCUGAGGACCACCGAACCUCUUUGACGCAACAGUUAUUGUUUUGUUUUUGUUUAGAAAUAAUCCCACCAGAUCUCAUUCUGAUACAGCUAAAGCAACAUUAGCGUAUUAGCAUAUGUCGGUUGAGAAAAUGACUGAACUGUUGUCUCUUACGACACUGUGGAGGUCAAUGUGAGUGAAUUUGUACUCGGGUCGCACAGAAAUGACCAGUUUCAGUCUAAACAAAGUGCUAGUUAGUAUAAGAAACUGGGAGAAUUUUGGCUAGCCUUUAGCCUUUAGCCUUCCACUGCUGUAAUGAUUUCUCGUUUUUACAAUCUCGCAUGUCUACAGGUUAACACAGUAUUACAGGUAUCUGCAAAAUCUUAGUCAAGAGGUUUCUACCUGAUGAUACAAUAGUACUGAAGUGACAUAUUCAUAAUCUCCAAUGCAUGUUGAAUUCUGCUGUUAUCAAUAUAUAUUGCAUCGGAACACCCUAACGCCAAUGUUAGGGUGUGUAAACUUCUGAAUUUGAAGAAAAAAAGCAACAAAAAAACUCAAAUAAAUCUGGCACUUAGCAAAAAUAAAUAAUUUUGUGCAUGUCAACUGAAUUUAAAGGAAGAUUGUAACCUAAUUUAAUAUGAGUAGGAAACAAGAUUGUCUGUCAAUGCAACGUAAUAUGAGCAGCAAAUUCUUACUUCUAAGAAAAUGAGUUGUUGCUAAGAUAUUGCCUUGAAUUAAACAACUAUUGUCUGGUUUAUAAAAGAACUGCAAGACAGACAUUCAGGCUACAUGGCACACAGUUUCCCAGUACUGGAAGUAAGUGACUCCCUUGAUGGUUUGUCUAUAAUGCAGAGAGUAAUAAGAUAAAACCUGCUUGGAACUGGAUAGGUUGCUCAGACACAUUAGAACUGACUGAACAGUGCUCUAAGUAAAGUUAUCAUGAGGAUGUGCAUUUUUGUGUCUUUCUAGUUAAUUUAGUUCCUGUCGUCUUGUCUGCCCUCACCUGUCUCCUGUUCCCCUGAUUACUCCCUUGUGUAUUUAACCCCACCUGUGUCACCUGCUCCCCGUCGGAUCCUUGCCGUGUGUCAUUUAUCAUCGCUCCCUUGUUCCGGCGCUACCAGUGUUUGAGUUCCUUCCUCGUAGUUCAUCUGUGCUGCCUGGAUUUCUGUUCACCUUUUAGUUCACCAAUUAAACCAUCCUUACUGCACUUCAA